GGCGGCCAAUGUCCACGGAAAACAAUGUCCCAACAAUGAAUUCAUUGAUAUCAUUACAGAAAAUAGUUACAGAAACAUUGAGAAAACCAACAGAAGACAGAACUGGCAUUACGUGCAAAAACUCUCAAGUUAAAAGAGACAGAAGAGACUUGUCUUUCAUUUGGUCAGUUGAAACAUGAAACACACAUGACUAAACUACCACAACUUGCAAACUCAACCCUCUCAUCUAAUUAGUCCGAACCAAUGGGUGCCAACUUAAAUAGGCCACUGAUAUGAGUGUUGAUAUCUUCAUGGCCAUUGAAUUAAUAAUUCAAUAAUAAAAGGUUCGGCUCCCAUGAUUGCCGCUCCUCUCAUUAACAGGUUUGUUACCAACUGCUUAAGGUUGUAUUUUCCCUAACAGUGUCAUGCAUAAAAUCCUUGACUAGAGUAUGAAUCAAAUUUCCAGAUGUCACUUCUUAGGCUCAUUAUAGAACUGCAGUUUCUUCUUAUGUGACUGAUUGUAGUAGUAGUGAUAGUAGUACCAUCACCCUCAUCCCUGCUAUGUUGUGAUCUUCAAAAUUGCACUUCAUCUGGUGGCUGCAGGUGCACAGGAAGCUAGUAGUACCUGGACUACAGCUGACUGCGUGGCCGAGGCAGCUCAGUAGCGAGACUUCAAAAAUGAGAGGGAAAGCAGUUUCCGGGAAAGCCAUAUUUGUACUGUGUGUGGCAACCUUCCUAGCUGGAUCACUGUUCAGUAGCCGGACAUGGAAUCUGCAUCCAGACAUUACAUCAGAUGGCAGAGGUGUCAACCAUGACUGUGACCACAAGCGCAAACUGGUGGAAACAAAUACAAGAGAUAUCAUGGGAGAAGUGAAGAAGACUCAUGUAGCUAUCCAGUCACUUGAGAAAACAAUAUCAGCAUUAGAGAUGGAGCUAGCUGUCUCAAGAACGAGUAGAAGUGGAAGCAAGACAACAGCAGAAGGAUCUGAUAGCCUUAAAAAGGCAUUUGUUGUCAUAGGAAUCAACACAGCAUUUAGCAGCCGAAAAAGGCGUGACUCUCUCCGUGAAACAUGGAUGCCCAAAGGAGAUGAGCUAAAGAAAGUAGAAAAAGAGAAGGGGAUAAUCUUACGGUUCGUGAUAGGACACAGUGCCACCCCAGGAGGAGUUCUUGAUAGAGCAAUUGAUGAUGAGGAAGCUGAAUAUAAAGACUUCCUAAGGCUUAAUCAUGUGGAAGGAUAUCACGAGCUCUCCACAAAGACGCGCAUAUAUUUCUCCACUGCUUUCUCCAUCUGGGAUGCAGAGUUCUAUGUGAAGGUCGAUGAUGAUGUCCAUCUCAAUCUGGGAACACUAGCCACCACUCUAGCAAGGCACAGGUCAAAGCCUAGAGUCUACAUCGGCUGCAUGAAAUCGGGACCAGUUCUUUCCCGGAAAGGAGUGAAGUAUCACGAACCUGAGUUUUGGAAAUUCGGAGAAGAAGGGAAUAAGUAUUUCAGGCAUGCCACUGGCCAGAUAUAUGCCAUCUCCAAGGACCUUGCUGCCUACAUAUCCAUAAACUCGGGAAUCUUGCAUAGAUAUGCCAAUGAGGAUGUGUCUUUAGGGGCAUGGCUCAUUGGUUUGGAAGUGGAGCAUGUGGACGAAAGAUCAAUGUGUUGUGGCACUUCCCCAGAUGAAAUGUCAGACUGUGAAUGGAGAGCAAAGGCAGGGAAUGUGUGUGUGGCAUCAUUUGACUGGUCAU